AGAGAGGAGCUGUGUGAGUGGGGCAGUGGGGGGCUGGCCGGGGUCUCGGGAGCAGAGUUUAUUUUAGGAUUCUAAACUGAGCUGAAAUUACUGACCGACUGUUCGUCCACCAGCGAGCAGGGCGGGAUGGACACUAAUGUACCUCUUCUCUCACCCCCUGUGACCUCAAAAGAGAAUGACCCCAUAAGCUCCCCUUUACCAAAACCUCUACCACACCUGAAAGGUCCCCUUCCCAAACCUUCCCAAUCCCUGCAGAACUCCACUCCCACUUCUUCCACAUCGCCUUCUAUCAAGAUGGAUCCAGCAUCUGCACUCAACCCCCCGACCCCAUCCUCUGAACCCCAAUCCCCUCCAGCUCCCACCUCUAACCCCUCCCCCUCCCAUCAACCCACCAGUCUGACGCCCCCUACAGGCCACUCGUCCCGAGCAGGAGGCAAGCGAAGUUUCGCGGCGGUGGCGAAGCAGAUGGUGCUGGAGGGUCGGAUGAAGAAAGAACAGACCAGUAUGCAGGAGGAAGAGGAUGAGACUGAGGAAGAUUUGACAUUUGAGGAAUUACUGGAAAAAGCUAAAGGAGGAGAUCCUAAAGCACAGAGCAAUGUAGGUAAACGCUACCUGAAGCUGGCGCUGGAGUCAGAUACUGAUGCUAACAACCAGCAAGCUGUGGAGUGGCUGCUGCGGGCAGCGAAACAGGGCCGCAAAGAUGCAGCCCGACUACUGCAACGCUGCUGGAUGCAGAAAAAAGGUAUAACAGCAGAGAACGAGGAGGAAGUGCGCAAGCUAUCGACUGAGAGUAAGUUUGAGCAGGCGGUUCGGCGAGCGGCGAUGAUGAUGUACUGGAAACUGAACCCAGACAGGAAGGUGAAAGUGACCACUUCUGAAAUGCUGCAGAACGUCAGUCAGGUCAACACAGGUGCCGUUUGUCCUGGAAUGCCUACUGUCCAAACACAGAGGAAAGUCCUGGAGAACAUGGUGGCUGCUGAUUCCUCCCAGUAUGUAGAUGUGGAGAACUUUGUGGAAAUGACUAAAAACUACGCUCAGGGCAUCUCCCCAAUGAGCAAUGGUUCAGUCCAAAACAGGGGGGACAGCAGUCUGGACAAAUGGCCCUCAGCAUCAGCACCACUGGACCAGGGGGUGUCACCUGUAGUGCAGAAGCGCACACGGAAAAGAAGUUGGGGAACUGGGAUGAUGCUUGACACCAAACGCAGUGGUGCCAUGAAGAGAGCCAUGGACAUUAAAGCUCACUUCCUGGGUCUGCAGUACCCUCUGCACCUCAUCCUGGAGAUGAAAGAGCACUUGGUGGACUGGGCGUCCCGUGCUGGAGUCCAGUGGCUGAGCACCAUCAUCCCUACCCAGCAUGUUAACGCUCUGAUCUUCUUCUUCAUCAUCUCAAACCUGAGUGUCGACCUGUUCGCCUUCACCAUCCCGCUGCUCGUCUUCUACCUGGCCUUCAUCUCCAUGGUGAUCUGCACCCUCAGGGUGUUCCGCAGCAGUAAAGGCUGGGAGAAUUUCAGUGCGCUGACCGCUCUGCUGACCCGCUUCGAACCCGGGCUGGAUGUGGAGCAGGCCGAGACGCACUUCGGCUGGAAUAAUCUGGAACAGUACGUUUACUUCCUGGUGUCCGUGUGCUUUGUGAUCUUCAGCUUCCCCGUGGCUGAUAAGCGCUGGAUUCCCUGCUCCGAGCUUUCCACCGUGGCCGUGUUCUUCACGGCUUUGAGCUACGUGUCCCUCAGCCCGUCCGCGGCAGCGUACGCUCGCAGGGCACUGAUCAUCGAGGUGGCGUCCUCUCUCUGUGCGCUCACCACUCGACUGCCUCAGCAAAUGGCCCUGAGGGUUCUGGGACAAACCUUCACUGUGGUGCCGCUGGGAGAGAGUGUGGAGCUAACGCUCAGUCUGCCGUGCCUCCUCUACAUCUAUCUGUUUUACCUAUUCUUCAGCAUGGCACGCAUGCGUGGCUUCAGGGGCACCUACUGCUUCCUAGUGCCAUACCUGGUUUGCUUCAUGUGGUGGGAGUUCUCUGUGGUUCUGCUUCAGAACUCUACGCCAAUCGGCCUCAUCCGCACCUGCGUUGCCUAUUUCCUGCUCCUGUUUGCCCUGCCUGUUUUGGCCCUGGGACUGGCCGCCAUGCUGCUGAUCCAAAUUGCCAAGUGGUUCCUCGAGCUAGAGCUCACCAAGAUGUUGGUUACGCUGGCGGUUUGUGCCGUUCCUGUCACUCUGAGACUCUGGACCCGAUUCAGUCUGUCAAUCCUGAAGGUCAUGCGCUCCAUCACCCACCGUGGCCCUGUGAAGCUCAUCCUGCUCUGCCUCACCACCGUAGUGUUGAUGUGUGGCACCUACGUCUACAACACUGAGGGACUGAAGGUGUAUAACUCCACCCUUACCUGGCAGGAGUAUGGGUCGCUCUGCGGGCCACCUGCAUGGAGCAGACAGGGCAUGGCUCAGACCCAGCUCUUCUGUAGCCACCUGGAAGGCCAUCGGGUCACCUGGACCGGAAAGUUUCGUCACAUCCGGGUGGCCGAGACAGAAAACGGAGCUCAGUCUCUCAUCAACCUCCUGCCGGUUUUCAUGGGCGACUGGUUGAGGUGCCUCUACGGCGAGGCAUAUCCCACUUGUUCGCCACAGAAUGCUAGUGCACCUGUGCAGAAUGCUAACACCUAUCUUGAGGACCCAGAAAAUGUGAACAUCUCUCUUCUUCUCCAGAAGCAGGAGGAGGAGCAGCUCUGUCGCAUCAAAUCUGUGGCCAAGCACCAGUGUCACGUCAAACGCUUCGAUAGCUAUCGCUUCGAGGUGACUGUCGGUCGGCCGGUGGAUGGAGUCAACGAGAAGGACGACCCAGCCGGUGACAUCGUCCUCUCCGCAAGUCACGAGUUCCAGCAGGUCCUGCUGAAUCUGGACCCGGGCAGCAUGGUGGAGUUCAGCACUAAGAUCGAAGGGAAGCUAGGGACUAAGCUGCCCGUUUUUGAACUGAAGGCAAUCCACUGCCUGGCAUGUAAAUCCUCACUGCUGCCUGAGGGACGGCAGGUAAAGAUUGAGCGCAACUGGAGGAAGAGCACUCAGUCAGCCGUGAAGUUCGCCUUCGACUUCUUCUUCUCGCCUUUACUCUCCGCCAAGAUCAGCGUGUGACAGAGAGCAAGAGGAGAGCAGGACUGUUUUUGAGCGUCGUCCUCCCGACCUAAAGUGACUCCAGUAUAGAGGAAGUCUUUGUGGAGAAAACUCCAUACUAUGGCUUGGAGACUGAAGUGAUGAAAAAGUUCAUCACUUCUGAGGUUAAAUUCUGGAGUAACGCUCAGGAUUACUUUAGAAUCCGUGGCCAGGAGGGUCCUCAUUUUAUGCGCUUUCAGAGGAGUGUUUCCGCUACAUACAGUACAUUUUGCAGUGGCCCUUCGUAAUCACAAAACUUGAUAAAGGGCUUUAAUUUGAUUUUUAGAAUUUACAGUUGAAAAGACAUCCACUUUUCACUAUGCAAUGUAAAACCCAUUGCACACUAGUGCCGGCACUGUGUGUUGAAGCACAGACUCCAGGCGUUGUUAGAUCAAUUUACAUAGAGAAUACCUCUAUGCUAAACAAACAUAUGCUAAAGUUAGCGUUGUACAGCUUGUAUCUUUCAACUGGAAAAUACCCAGUUUGUGAGGAGGUAGUGAACUGAGUAAACUCAUUUUUUUCAUUUCAACUGUGCAAGUAGAAUGUAAAGAUGUGCUUAAACUUGUUGGGUGUAGGCUCCCUGCCAGCUCUCUCCCUCACUACCUGCUCUAUACUGUAUACAGCAGUGCUGGCAGGGGCCAGGGGAUGGGCGUGGGGUGGGCACUGUGAAUGAAUGCCCUGUAUUGCCACUUAAAA